AUGGAUUCGUUGCCGGUAGAGAUUUUGACCAAGAUUAUCGACCUCUUAACAACGCAUGAGAAGGUAAAAAUACAGCUUGUUUGCAAGAAGCUUUUUCGAUUGGCGCGAGACAACAAUUCAUGGAAACUGCACUGUUAUGAGCAGUCAUGGGCGGCUCGACAAGCACUUCGUUCUCAGCAUGAUCGAAAUGCAGAGAGUCUGUUAUUGAAUCCCACCGCGACCUUGAGAAGUCUUGGUCAACAUUCGUUACGAGAUCUGAUACAGCCGCCGGAGCCUUCAUCGGAGCAUCUCAACCCACAUGGGACUCGGAUCUCAUCGCCAGGCGAUUUGGCCCGAGCAGCCAGCCACUGGGACUCUUCAAUGGAAGGAGAACAAGUGGACUGGUACUCAGAGUAUGUUGCCCGCCAUGGACCUAUGUCCUUCUCCUGGAUUCAGCAGGCUCUCAAGCCUGGAGGGGAGAGUUGGAGAAAAGAUGCACACGAAAUCAAGGGUAUGGGGUUGCUGAAAGACUGGAGCUCGGCAAAAGAGGACAGAAUAGUAGCCCCUUUGGAUGAUGGCACAGUCUGCAUCUGGGACAUUGGCCAUUCUCGUCCCGCCGGUCCUCGGUCCGUCAGAGGUAGGAUCCUCGGGAGAAGUGAGCCUGGGAUUCUCAUGAAAAGUCUUCGUCCUGCCAGAGAUGGUACAUCCAGCCAGUCGUCUCUUUCUUUCCUGGAUCUAGGGGAAGGCGUCUCCAUCGACUCAUUCCAGCGGAGAGCCUACUUGGCUGUGGGCAAUAUUUUGAACGAGAUCGAUUUGGAGACGCUAAAGGUCGUAUCGCAACAACGAUAUCCAUGGUCAAUCUUUGCUCUAUCCCAGGAGACGGAUUAUUCCGUUCCACUUACACUCGCAACAACGCUCAGUUUGCAAAUAUACGACGGCCGGCUUUCUGCCACUGAUGAAGCGGAAGCAAUCAGUCUGCGGUGUGAUAAGAACCCUUCAUCUAUGAUGACCGGCUCAAGUCUUUUCGCUCGCCCAGAGUCACGCUUGUUUCAACUUCAGAUGAACGGGCAUUCACCAUCCCGCAUUCGCAGCCCAGACUCACUAGCCGGAGAGGACUAUGCGCCACUGUUUCAGCCUGGACCUCUUUCUGUACUUCACCCUUCGGCUCCUCAUGUCAACUCCAUUAUCUUAGCUGGAAGGUUUCCGAGCAUUCUUUGCUACGACCGUCGGUUCUUUCCGCGCUUACACAGCACAGUCCAUUCUGGGGGCCGACUGUGUAGCUUAGCUUCGGUCCCAGGGCCGAGAGUCUCCGAUCUUUCUCGCACGAUACGCCCUUCUUCUCAUAACGUCAUUGCUUGCGGCGAGUAUAACGGACGAGGCUCGCUAGAGACCUACAGCCUGCAGGGAAGGUCACAAGAAGCGAGCACCGAUGUCGAAUCACAACUCAGACCACUGCACAAAAAUCGGCAAAGUGCGGCUCGUUCAAAGCUGCUCUCGGUGGCGUCUCAUGGAAACCGCAUCGUCUAUUCUGACUCCGAAGGCAACAUCAAAUGGGUCGAGCGUAAUGGCCGCUCAGAAGUCCGCUCAUGGAACAUCAAUACCUCUCAGCCUCAGAUUCCUUUCUUGCGAUCGGAUGUAUCGACCAGGCUGCAACCCUCAGGUGCGGAUGAAGAAGGAGAAGGGGGCCAUGAUGGUAGUUUGUGGCGAGAUCCGUUACAGGACAGCAGCGGCGAAGUGGCCCGUAAGAUUCUUCCGACGGGUGAAAAUUUGAGCGGUGACGAGUUGCUCGUAUGGACCGGCGAACGCAUUGGUCGGUUACGCUUCUCGAUACCGGACAAUGUCGAAUGCGUCCUGGAAGAAGAUGAGGAGGAAGGCAGUUUCAUGGGGACUGAGGUUGAAAGGGGGACUCGGGAGGCUGCACGGCAGAAGCACCGCGAUGAGCUUGAGAAGUCGCAACGAUACGAAGACAUGAUGCGGCGAGCGUUGGCACGACAAGCCGACGAAGUCAGAUGGAUGGGCACUGAUACCCUUGGUUGA